AUGUCGUGCCACGAAGCCCUGGAAGCAGGCCCGCUGGCACCGAGGUUCCUACCAUUGCAUCCCAAGAUCCCGUUUGAGAGGCUCACUGUUGGCGAGCCUGACCCGUCGACGGAGGACGAGCUGCUGGUGCACAGAUGGCACCAUGACCACUCUGUGCUGUCGACUGUUGCGUUCCCGACGCUGGGGCUUCUGUUCUGCGGUACUUAUGACCACCAGAUCAUGGUUCUGGACAUGGAUACGUUUGAGAGAAGAGGCACGUUGAGAGGCCAUACGGGCUCGGUGCUGUGCCUGGCGAAGUCGUCGGAUGAGAAGUUCCUCUUCUCUGGAGGCUCGGACUCCCUUGUGAAGGUGUGGGACGUUGUGGAGUUGAAGGAGACGCACACGAUAUACUCGCUGGUUGAUAUUGGGGACAUCUUUUCGCUGUGCUGGUGCGAUGCGAACAAGACGAUAUACUUUGGAUGCCAGAAUGCGUCGAUACUGUUCAUCGAGUUCGACUCGGAGAUGAACACCGGUGAUCCAAACAGUUUACCGUCCAAUAGGUUUGACAAGUUCUUUGACUCGAAGGGCCCUACAGGUGCGAUAUCGUCGUCGAAGAAGUCCGUGGAGUUGCAAAAGACCACGAGACUGAUCGAAGUCCCAUCUUCUGGUAUCAUGUCGUAUGCCCAUAACGGGUUCAUAUACACCAUGAAGGUGUUUGAUGGUACUUUUCUCAUCACAGGAGGUGGUGAUGGCUUAGUCCACAUCUGGGAUCUGAGAUCAGCGAAGGGGCCUCAGUUGGUACGAACUUUUGAUAACGACGACAGUGUGCUAUCCAUAGCACUACAGGGGAAUUUCCUCUAUUGUGGUAUGGCAAAUGGUCAAUUGAAACAGUGGGAUCUACAAACUUCUCAACAGAUUAUGACUCUCCAGAACGAAACAGACGAUUCUGAUAACGAUGAAGAGGACAAUUUAACCAUUGCAGUGGCUGAUUAUUGUAUAUUUAAGGCUUCAAGAAAUGGUGUUUCCAAAUGGAGAUUUGGCUCCAGUCCAAGACACUUUUGGGAAGCUCACCAAGGCCAAGUAUUAACGUCUGAGGUUUUUACAAGAGACAAGAAGACUUACCUCGUAACAGGAGGUGAUGACUCAUCCGUGGCGUUGUGGAAUAUCACUAAUGCAAACACACCUACUCAUGCACAUCGGAAAUCAAUUGUUGAUACUGAUAACGAGUCCCUGUUACAACACCUGAAUGAAUUCGUGUCAUUUAGAACCGUUUCUAAAAACCCUGAAUACUUCAUUGAUGAGUCUAGAAGGUGUGCUCAUUACUUGACAAAUCUAUUUACAAAGUUUGGAGCAGAAUCUGAAUUGUUACCAGUGGACAACGGAAAUCCAAUCGUCUAUGCAUGCUUCAAAGGUCAGCAGACUCAAGACGGUUCAAAACGCCCAAGAAUCUUGUGGUAUGGACAUUAUGAUGUUAUUGAAGCUGAAGAUAGCCUUGCGUGGAAAUCUGAUCCAUUCAAGAUGAACUCUACAGAUGGUUAUCUGUACGGUAGAGGUGUCAGUGAUAACAAAGGUCCUAUCCUUGCUGCCAUCUAUGCUGUUGCUGAUAUACUUCAAACAGGAGAGCUAACGUCGGAUAUCAUCUUUUUGAUUGAAGGAGAGGAAGAGUGUGGCUCCUUUGGAUUCCAGCAAACAAUCAAGAACAACGUUGAGAAGAUUGGUGAAGUUGAUUGGGUCAUGUUGAGUAACUCAUAUUGGCUUGAUGACACUACGCCAUGUCUGAACUAUGGAUUGAGAGGUGUCUUGAGUGCCACUGUUGAGAUCUCAAGUGAUAGCCCAGAUCGACACUCAGGUGUGGAAGGUGGUGUCUCCAGAGAGCCUACGAUGGAUCUAAUCAAAUUGUUCUCCAAGCUGACAGAUGACAACGGCAGGGUUCUAAUCCCACAGUUCUACGACACGAUAAAGGAACUGACACCCGAGGAGGAGAAACUGUACGACCAUAUCUGCUCCAAGAGCACAGUUCCUAUAAACAAGGAAACACUCUUGGCCAAGUGGAAGUUCCCUUCUUUGACUGUCCACAAGAUUGACGUCUCCGGCCCCGGCAACAACACCGUCAUCCCUAAGUCAUCCACGGGCUAUAUUUCACUUCGUAUAGUGCCUGAGCAAAACAUCGACGGCAUAAAGCUCUCCUUUCUGAAGUUCCUGAAAGAAUCGUUUGCACAGUUACAGUCCGAUAACCAUAUGACGACAAAGAUCAUCCACGAGGCAGAGCCCUGGCUCGGUGAAAGAGGGAAUGCAGCCUACAAGAUCCUGGAGAGUGAAAUACUCAAGGAGUGGGGAGCUGAACCGUUCUACGUGAGAGAAGGUGGCUCCAUCCCCUCGGUUAGAUUCCUCGAGAAGAUAUUCAAGGCACCAGCUGCCCAGGUCCCAUGCGGUCAAUCUACAGACAACGCCCAUUUGGAUAACGAGAGGCUACGUGUUGCCAAUCUCUAUGCACUUAGACGUAUCCUCAAGGGCUCAUUUAAACGUCUUCCAAAGACUCAAUUGGCAUAGAGAGAGUAUCUUUCGAUAUACUCCUCGUUAUAUUCUGGCAACGUUGUGUAGUGCGUGAAACACCCGUACACCCGUACACCCGUACACCCCGGUAAUCCCCGCUCAUCCCCGAUAAUCCCCGGUGAUGCAGUACGCGACAUGAGUGCCAUAGUUAAAG